GUCUGGGACCGCAGAGGUUUCCCAGAGCUGAAGAGAAUUUGGGCCAGGUGUGCGAAAUGGAAGCGUGCGAUGUCCGUUUCCCUGCGUCAAGUCCCUGACUUUAGAGAGGCCUUAAAUAGCUUGUUGAGAUCUAACACGUGGCAAAGCAAGGGCAUCUCUUUGCUUGGUCUCAGGCGGCGGCGGGAGCUACUCGGCGUCUCCUCCGGACCUUCGGGUUGACCGGCGAACAGGUCUCGUGGAAUUUCACUUCACCAAGUGACUUUGAGGUCAGGGGGUCGUCCAGUUUGCGAUAGUUCCCGGGUGCAGGAACUUUGUGAAAAUUUCAGUAUAUGGGAAAACUGUCCAUGUUCUGAUUGAUAUCAGUAAAAUACCACAAUCAAAAUAUUUUGCAUUAGUCAGUCAUAUGCUUAAUGACUUCUGAAAUCUCAUGGACUUCUAAAGAAGCACCAUGACCUGUGUUGCUGCCUUGGUUCCUGGGUUGGUGGGAAGCUCUGUUGGAGCCGUUUGCACUCGGGCUGCUUCGUCAAGGCUGACACCCCGUACUGUGCGCAACCUUAGUCUGAGCAGCACAAUGAAAUCCAAAAGGAAAACGGACCACUUAGAGAGGACUGCAAGUGUCGUUCGACGAGAGGUUGUGGCCGCAGCUAAGGUGUGUGGAGCUGCUAGGGAGUCACCGUCAGUGAAGAGCCUCCGCUUGCUUGUUUCCGAUGAAACUUUUUCCUUUAAAGCUGGCCAGUGGAUUGAUUUCUUCAUCCCAGCAGUCCCUGUGGUUGGUGGGUUUUCAAUAUGCUCCAGUCCCAGACUGCUAGAACAAGAGAGAAUGAUAGAAUUGGCAGUGAAAUAUGCAAACCACCCUCCUGCUCUCUGGAUUCACAAUGAGUGUACACUUGACUCUGAAGUGGCUGUGAGAGUGGGUGGAGAGUUUUUCUUUGACCCUCAGCCCACAGAUGCCCCCAGAAACCUCGUGUUGAUUGCAGGAGGAGUCGGAAUUAACCCCCUGCUUUCCAUCCUGCGGUACUCAGCAGAUCUUCACCGAGAGUGGGCAAACAAAAGAAGUGGUUAUGAGAUAGGAACAGUAAAACUCUUCUACAGUGCAAAGAACACUAGCGAACUCUUGUUUAAGAAAAAUAUCCUCGAUUUAGUAAAUGAAUUUCCGGAGAAGAUUGCGUGCAGUUUGCAUGUUACAAAACAGACUACACAAAUCAGUGCAGAACUUAGGCCGUACAUCACGGAAGGAAGAAUAAUGGAGGAGGAGAUAAAAGGUCAUAUUUCAAAUGAGACUUUAUUCUAUAUUUGUGGACCACCUCCAAUGACGGACUUUUUCUCCAAGCAACUAGAAAACAACCAUGUUCCCAAAGAACACAUUUGCUUUGAGAAGUGGUGGUAAGGGAGCAGGCAGAGGCAUGAAAGAAGACAGGAGACUCACUCAAGAGAGUAAGAGAUACUUUAUAUCAUUUGUGGUGAGGUGGAUUUACCUCCCCAAGUUGAUUUAUUUUUUUAAAGCUGUGAACUAAGUGACCAGCCCAGAUAAAAUAAAAGCUAGCAAACAGACACAAAGGAUAGACUUUCGUAAAGACUUCCUUGAUCAACAUAUUUUUUACUACAUGGAUGUUUUUCCCAUUAAUAACAGUUUGACUCAUGAGGUGCCUUGCAUUGGUCAAUACAGAUUUUCUUUUGCCAUUAGGGAAAAAAGUGAUGUAUAUAUAGAGAGUCUGCCAAAAAAAUGUAUAUAUACUCCAGCAAUCUGGAAGCUAAGGGCCACCACUUGGAGCACUCUUGUGACUGUAGAGGCCCUUGGUAAUGUGGAUUAAUUCUAAUGAUGUCUUGAUAAAGUUAGUAUUAAAAUAUUUAUACACAUUUUUCUUUUCCUGAUGUGUACAUAUUUUGGCUUUCUCAUGCUCUUGUGCACACGUGCACACUCUCUCUCAUAUGUAUACACACACACAUACACACACACACACAUGGUUUUUUUUUUG